ACGUAAUAGUAAUUUAUGUAAAUACGUUACUACGUGUUAUACGAGAAGGAAGAGAUUCGCUGCGAUUUAAUUAAUUUUCAGGCGAAGUAAUAUAUUUAUGAAUGUCUUGUAAAGAAAAAGAUAUAUCUUCAUAUUUGUAUUUCUGCGCGCACGUUUAUUAUUGCAUCUGUGUGUCUGAGAAUUGCACGUGAUUUCGGUGCGGUACACGCCGCGUAGCGCACGACUCUGCGCAAAUGUCCUACUUCAAUAGUAUGGUGGUGGGGGACAUUGAAGCUUAUUACUACCUGGGCAGGUGGAAAGUGAGCAUCGUGACGUUACGGCAUAUUAUUAAUUAGCGAUCGACCGUCGUUGCGAUCGGUUCUAGUUAGCGCAAUCGCACAUAACGUUCGUCCUGUCAGUCGAGUUUGCAUGCGUAUUCCGCUCAAGAUUUGUGUAUAUGUGUGUGUGUGCGUGUGCUUCUCCCUCAUACAAAUAUCUCCCAAACUUGGUGUGCGAAAUCGCUGAGUCGGUCGACGGCAGCGGCGAUAUGACGAGCCAGCUGUGGAAAGCCUUGUCGCGUAGACGCAUCGAGGAAAAUGAAGAAGGGAAAGGUGAACUGGCACGGGUGCUCGGUUUAUUCGAUCUGACUGCGCUCGGCGUGGGUGCGACUCUCGGCUUAGGCGUUUACGUUCUUGCUGGAAGCGUAGCCAAAGACACUGCCGGACCUGCCGUUUGUAUCUCUUUCCUCAUAGCUGCCGUUGCGUCCACUUUUGCGGGUAUGUGCUACGCGGAAUUCGCAUCGAGAGUACCAAAGGCCGGCUCAGCGUACGUUUAUAGUUAUGUAACAGUGGGCGAGUUUGUUGCUUUCGUCAUAGGAUGGAACCUGAUUCUAGAAUAUGUAAUUGGUACAGCGAGCGUAGCUCGAGGUCUCAGUAAUUACAUCGAUGUGUUGAUAGGGAAUGUCAUUGGUAAUACCAUGCGUUCCCUCAUGCCUAUAAAUGUCACCUUCUUAUCCCAGUAUCCGGAUUUCUUUGCUUUUGGAAUGGUAAUGCUACUGGUAGCGCUAUUGUGUGUAGGGGUGAGGGAAUCGUCAAUUUUAAAUAACGUAUUCACCGUUGUAAAUUUGACGACGAUCGCGAUCGUUAUUAUCGCAGGAUCGAUAAAAGCAAAUCCAUCAAAUUGGUCGAUCGCGUCCGAGAAUAUUCCAGAUACUGUGAUGAACGGCGGGACCGGUGGAUUCAUGCCGUUCGGUGUUGGCGGAGUAAUGAUCGGAGCCGCAAAGUGUUUUUACGGAUUCGUAGGAUUCGACGCCGUCGCUACCACCGGCGAGGAAGCGAAGAAUCCUCAGCGUCAUAUUCCUCAAGCGAUCGUGCUAUCUUUAAUCAUUAUAUUCGUAGCGUAUUUCAGCAUCUCCACAGUCCUAACAAUGAUGUUGCCUUAUUACGCUCAGAAUGCGGAUGCGCCGUUUCCGCACGCAUUCGACGAGAUUGGAUGGCCUGCUAUUAAAUGGAUUGUCAACAUAGGUGCGAUAUUCGCGCUGUGUACCAGUCUUUUGGGUUCUAUGUUCCCAUUGCCCCGCGUACUGUACGCCAUGGCUAGCGAUGGAAUAAUAUUCAAAAUUCUCUCUAAAGUGCAUCCGAAAACUAUGACGCCUAUAUAUGGCACGAUGCUCUCUGGUCUGCUUAUCGGUUUUAUGACGCUCAUUUUUAAUCUACAACAAUUGAUCGACAUGAUGUCUAUCGGUACUUUACUCGCAUAUACAAUAGUAGCGAUAUGCGUGUUAGUGUUGAGAUAUCAAAAAGAAAAGAAUUCUGCUGCGCUAUCGACGAGUAAUUAUCAACUUACACUUGUUGAUUUAUUUAAAGAAUUAUUUAAUUUGCACAAUCAGAAAGUACCGACGGAGCUUUCCAACAAGAUUGCCAAUAUCAGCAUCGCUUUACUCUGUAUUAUUAUAUGUAUUAUCGCGUAUUUGAUCAGUAAGAUGGGCACACAAUUAAUCGCUGGAGACGUUACAAUAUCUGUGAUACUGGUUAUUCUCGUGAUUGCCCUUUUUUUGAAUAUAACUGCGAUCGGUAGGCAACCGAUGCAGAAGAUUGAGCAGCUCUCUUUCAAGGUACCUCUCGUCCCACUUAUCCCAUGUCUUAGUAUUUUUACAAAUAUAUACUUGAUGUUGCAAUUAGACGUUUUUACAUGGAUUAGAUUUGCCGUUUGGUUGUUAAUCGGUUUUUGCAUUUAUGGUUUUUACGGAAUUACUCAUAGUGAACAAGGGAAAAGAAAUAAGGCGGAUGAUGACAAGUUGCAACAAAAGUAUGUGGAGAAAUUUAGAAUAUUGAUCACAUAUCCGUAGAAAUGUAUACGAAAUGAGAUGAAAGAAUGGAAAGGGGAUGAAAUUUCAGAUGUUGAAAUUUCGUUUCGACCUUAUAUGCCGGAACAGAAUAACUGAAGAAGACAAUUUUACAUAACAGACUUGCACGUUAAAAAAACUUUGAUGUAAAAGACGAUGCAAGUACGAGUGUGUUGCGCCCAGUCAUAUUAAUAUAUGCAGGUAAAGCACACGCAUGUCUUUUGUUUUUUGCGAAUUUGUUUUCAAGCGCCCACAUGUUUUCUUUCUAGCGAAAAUAUAAUGAAAAAAAUGUGAUCUCUUUUUUCUUUUUUAAUACAUUUUUGCGCCACGUUCAUGUUUGAUGCAUUAAGUUUCAUAUAUCGUGCGAUAAUAAUUGCAUCAUGUGAUGUAAUGAAGGUAUACACGCGCGCACAUAACGUACGUACACACACGCUUUAUUAUACGACAUUUAUUUAUAAAAUAGAAGUAAUAUACUCUUCUUACAUCGGCAAACGCAAUAUAAAAUACUUUGGUACAGAAUAAUGAUAUAAUCGCGAUAUAUUAAUGUAACGCAAUUGAGAACACUCAUAAAUAGAUUACUUAUUUUACAUCGAUGUGUUUUAGAUUCUUAACCAGCAUCGCUUAGCAUACUAAAUAUAGCAGCAAUAAAAAAUCAAAUUGAUGACUUUUGUGUGUGUGUGUGUGUGUUUGUGUGUGUGUGUGUGUGGUGUGCGCGUGUGCAUGCGCCUCAGAAAGAUUUUAUUAUAAAUUAUACGGAGAUUAUCAGUUAUUAUUACCGAGAUUUGGUAUGAUCUUUACGAAUUAUUUAGGAUAAAGAAUUAAUACUAUAUUAAUAUAUGAGAUGGUAAUAUAUAGAUUUAUAUAGACAUUUCAGAUUACAAAAAUCAAUGAAAUUGGCAUCUUGACAUUAUGCGUUGCUUUUCACGCGCUGGAAUAUCUCUUAUAUCACAAAAUAGUUUUACUACACUUUUAUGUAAGUAUUUUGUGCUAUUACGCGCUAAUCAUAGAUGCUAGUUACUCGACUUUCCUCUUUCAUAUCCUAGUAAUACUAGAAAAAUAACAAAGUGUAUAACAAUUCUUAUUCUAUCUUGUAAGCAUACUUUGACGGAAAUAAUAAUUUACGUGAUCAUAUCCCAAUUUAAAAAUUAUGUAUAUAUAAAUAUUUGCUGUGUAUAUAUGUUCUACUUAACAUUACCAUCUUAGAUAGAGUUCUUUUAAUGUUCACUAUAUACUCCAAAAAAUUCUUAGCUUACAGAAGAAAUCUUUAAUACGGUAAUAUUUUCAAUCUUUAAGUAAAUCAUUGUAUAUAAUUGAUGAUUAAAGAUUAGCAAUACAAUCAGCAUAGACUACAUAGACGCGCGUUUAUAUACGCACGUUUAUACACACAUAACAUUAUAUAUUACAAGGCAAUCACACAAAA